CAUUGGGGAUAUCACAGCCGAUAUUUAGAGAAGAUGGUGAAUUGGCAGGAACUGGGCAGCAAUCAUUAUGUACAGAGAGUAAUUUAGUCAUCAAACAAGAGGACAACAUUUAUGACUUAUCUAGUGAAAUUAUUAUCCCUGAGGAUAAACCACACACAUUUACUGAGUUUUCAAAACAUAUUAAAGAAGGGAAAAGUCUACAGUCUAACCAAAUGAUUCAUACAAAGGAGAAACCUUUCAAAUGUACAGAAUGUGAGAAAAGCUUUAGAUGGAAGUCUCAUCUACUAGAACACCACAAAAUUCACACAGGUGAGAAACCACACUCAUGUACUGAGUGCGGCAAAUGUUUUACAAGAAUGGAUCAUCUGAAAACUCAUAAAAAGAUUCACACAGGAGUAAAGCCUUUCACAUGUACAGAGUGUGGAAAAAGUUUUACAGAAAAGAGUAAACUAAAAACUCAUGAAAGGAUUCACACAGGGGAAAAGCCUUUCACAUGUACAGAGUGUGGAAAAAGUUUUACAGAAAAGAGUAAUCUGAAAAGUCAUGAAAGGAUUCACACAGGGGAAAAGCCUUUCACAUGUACAGAGUGUGGAAAAAGUUUUACACGAAAGAGUGAUCUGAAAACUCAUGAAAAUAUUCACACAGGGGAAAAGCCCUUCAAAUGUACAGAGUGUGGAAAAAGUUUUACACGAAUGGAUAAUCUGAAAUAUCAUGAAAUGAGUCACACAGGAGAAAAGCCUUUCACAUGUACAGAGUGUGGAAAAAGUUUUACACGAAUGGAUCAUCUGAAAUAUCAUGAAAUGAGUCACACAGGAGAAAAGCCUUUCACAUGUACAGAGUGUGGAAAAAGUUUUACACAAAUGAAUCAUCUGAAAUAUCAUGAAAUGAGUCACACAGGAGAAAAGCCUUUCACAUGUACAGAGUGUGGAAAAAGUUUUCUAUAUAUGAGUAGUCUGAAAACUCAUGAAAUGAUUCAAACAGGAGAAAAGCCUUUCACAUGUACAGAGUGUGGAAAAGGUUUUACACAAAUGGGUAAUCUGAAAUAUCAUGAAAUGAGUCACACAGGAGAAAAGCCUUUCACGUGUACAGAGUGUGGAAAAAGUUUUAUAUAUAUGAGUAGUCUGAAAACUCAUGAAAUUAUUCAUACAGGAGAAAAGCCUUUUAUAUGUACAGAUUGUGGAAAAAUGCAAAGUGCAAAAAUACAGGUGCUGUUUUCAGACAGACAUUUUUAUAGCAAUUGA